GGGCGGUAGAGAAGUUCUCAAACGAGGCCCGCCGCCGAUCACGUAUUGCCAUAUUUUUUUAACUCGAAACCCAUGGCUUUUUUUUAUUACUUUGGGUUAAGAUAGUGAACAGGCUAAACUACUCCCUGGAAGUGAAGUGUAUCCUGUUUCCAACAUGAUUUGGUAAGUUCCAAGAAAAAUUGGCAGACUCACAGGCCGUCGGCCCACGUGGUUGGCUUCUAAUGCUUGCCUGCGACUUUAGUUGUUCUCUCUCUCUAAACGACAAGCAAUGAUUCCCUGCCUUGGUCGUUGGAAAGGAUUACUUCAAAGGCUCAUUGAGUGACCACCACCAAGUGUUGUGAUUCUUGUGGAUAACCGAGUCGACAGGACAUGUUUUUGAAUUGGCAUUCUUUUGAUCUGUCAUGGUGCGAGGCGUGUUGAUGUGGUGCUUUUGGGAGUGGUCCAAACGCGCAUGAUGAGCGUCUACCUCCCCAUAUUGCACCAGUUCUUCGUUGCUACAUUAGAUGGGUGACAAUUGAUAGGAGUAUUCAAAUGAGUUUUGAGCUAAGAUGACAAGAACUUGGCUAGGAAUGGCAAGUGGACUGGAAACAUUAUGCGGGCAAGCCUAUGGGGCACAACAGUACCACAAGCUUGCAAUACACACCUACAGAGCCAUUCUAUCUCUUGUUGUGGUUUGUAUUCCCAUCUCUCUCAUAUGGGCCUCAAUGGAAAAGAUCCUCUUGUUCACAGGUCAAGACCCUCUGAUCUCACUAGAGGCAGGGAAGUAUGCUGUCUGGAUGAUCCCUAGCCUGUUUGCCUACGCCACUGCUCAAGCUCUUAUGAAGUUCCUUCAAUCUCAAAGCCUAAUUCUUCCUAUGCUCCUAAGCUCCAUGACAACAUUAUGCCUUCACAUUCCUCUGUGCUGGGUUAUGGUUUUUAAAUCUGGUUUGGGCAAUGUUGGUGCUGCUCUAUCUAUAAGCAUAUCAUAUUGGUUGAACGUCUUCAUGCUUGUGCUGUAUAUCAAGUAUUCAGCAUCUUGCAAAAGUACUCGCUCACCAAUCUCAAAAGAAUGUUUCAGAGGGAUCAAUGAGUUCUUAAAGUUAGCCCUUCCAUCUGCCGUAAUGAUAUGUCUUGAGUGGUGGUCCUAUGAGCUUCUUGUCUUACUUUCUGGGCUUUUUCCCAAUCCAGAGCUCGAAACUUCAGUGCUUUCUAUUUGUCUUACUAGUAUCUCAAUGCUCUACACCAUUCCAUAUGGACUUGGUGCUGCUGCUAGUACCCGGGUGUCAAACGAAUUAGGAGCUGGGAAUCCACAAAGAGCUCGGUUAGCAGUACGGGUUGUGAUGUUUCUUGCAGUUACGGAGGCCAUUCUUGUGAGUGGGACCGUUUUUGCCUUGCGUCGCAUCUUGGGUUAUGCCUACAGCAAUGAGGAGGAGGUCAUUAGUUAUGUCAGGGAAAUGGUUCCUCUGGUUUGUGUCUCUGUAAUAAUGGAUAGCCUACAAGGGGUCCUCUCAGGUAUUGCAAGAGGAUGCGGAUGGCAGCACAUAGGUGCUUAUGUCAACCUCGGGUCUUUUUAUCUCAUUGGAAUUCCAGUAGCUGUGACUUUGGGUUUUCCAUUGCACAUAGGAGGAAAGGGACUUUGGAUUGGUAUAUUGUGUGGGGCUACGACGCAGUCAAUUCUUCUCUCUCUAAUAACAGGCUUCACAAAUUGGCAGCAACAGGUAAACAUGGCAAGGAAGCGAUUAUUUGAAGAAAGAUUACCAUUGGAGGAUGGUCUGAGAUGAGCCAGCAAAUUAGUCCUUAUCCUUCUGAUUUUGGCUUGUCCACGAUUAGUUUUUUAUUUUUUAAGAAUUGUAACACUUAAUUUGGUCGGGAAGCGAUGAGUCUUGCACAGAUGAUGCUGUAGCAAGUUGCAUUUUGGCUUCUGCGGGAUCUUGUAUGAAUCGAGGUUCGUAUCGGGUCUGUUAUGUAUUUGAACAAGGGUUGACAUUGGUAUUGAUACGAGUUUUCCCGAGUGAACCAAAAUUGUGAAAUCAAUGUAAUGAAAUAGAUGAAAUGGAAAUUGCCAUUUUUUGCUUGGUAGAAA